GGGCGGCCGCGGCCACGAGCCCAGUCUGGGGGUGGUGUGGGGGCCGCCGGACGGCGCGGACUGGAGGCGCCCGGCGCCGUGGACGGGCUCGGCGAGCUGGCCAGUGGCGCAGGAGGAGGGGUUGGGGCCCCGCAAGCAGCACCAGGAGAAGGGGGGAGGCAGCCCCGCAGUGCAGGAGCGGGGCGAGGCCCGCGCCGGGGUGCAGGAGCGGGGGGAGGGGAGUCCGCGCAGGCUGCAGCAGCAGCCCGAGCCCGAGUUAGGGGACCGCGAGCGCGAGCGCGGGCUGGGACUCGAAAGUUGCGGCGAGCAGGGGGAGCGGAACUGGGAGAGCUGCGGCCACCUCGGCCGGGAGGCGGUGGUCUUGGGGGAGGCCCCCGAGCCGGGAGACCGGCCGGAGCUGGUGGGCAGGGCCCGGCUUGUGGGGCCCCGGGGGCCUGAGGGAGAGGGGCGCCCAGGGGUGCAGGAAGCAAAUUGGCUGCCCGGGGUGCAGGAGGGGCAGGUGGUCCAGGCCGUGCAGGAAACGCACCUAAACGGGAAGGGAGCCCAGGCGGGAGAGGGUCCCCCCGAGGGGCUCAGGACCCGGAGGCGCCGGCGGCGGCGGAGGUGGUGACUGGGGCAUCGCCUGCCUGGCACCAGGAUCAUACUUCCAGAGCCGAGGGGGCGUGCAGCAUGUAGGCGUUUGGGGAGUGGGGCGCUUUGGAAGUUAUUUCCCCGAGGGUAAGAGGUGGCCUGCAAGGGUCGGCUUCUGCCCCCUCAGCCUGGACAUCGUCGAAGCUGUGUCUGCAGGGAGGCGGCCACAGGCGGCAGAGGCUGGGGAGCAGCAGCAUGCAGCCCGAGGAGGGCACGGGCUGGCUGCUGGAGCUGCUGUCAGAGGUGCAGCUGCAACAGUACUUCCUGCGGCUGCGCGACGACCUCAAUGUCACCCGCCUGUCCCACUUUGAGUAUGUCAAGAAUGAGGACCUGGAGAAGAUCGGCAUGGGCCGGCCUGGCCAGCGGCGGCUGUGGGAGGCCGUGAAGAGGAGGAAGGCCCUGUGCAAGCGCAAGUCGUGGAUGAGCAAGGGCUCCAUCUGGCCCCUGGCUCUUUCCAAACAGGUGUUCAGUGGAAAGCGGCUGGAGGCCGAGCUCCCUCCUCACCACUCUCAGAGCACCUUUCGGAAGACCUCCCCUACCCCAGCAGGCCCCGCGGGGGAGGGGCCCCUGCAGAGCCUCACCUGCCUCAUCGGGGAGAAGGACCUACGCCUGCUGGAGAAGCUGGGCGACGGCUCCUUUGGCGUGGUGCGCAGGGGCGAGUGGGACGCCCCCUCGGGGAAGACGGUGAGCGUGGCUGUGAAAUGCCUGAAGCCGGAUGUGCUGAGCCAGCCAGAGGCCAUGGAUGACUUCAUCCGUGAGGUCAAUGCCAUGCAUUCGCUUGACCACCGCAACCUCAUUCGUCUCUACGGUGUUGUGCUCACCCCGCCCAUGAAGAUGGUGACAGAGCUGGCACCUCUGGGAUCGUUGCUGGACCGGCUACGUAAGCACCAGGGGCACUUCCUCCUGGGGACCCUGAGCCGCUACGCUGUGCAGGUGGCUGAGGGCAUGGGCUACCUGGAGUCCAAGCGCUUUAUCCACCGUGACCUGGCUGCCCGCAAUCUGCUGUUGGCUACCCGAGAUCUGGUCAAGAUCGGGGACUUUGGGCUGAUGCGAGCACUGCCCCAGAACGAUGACCACUACGUCAUGCAGGAACAUCGCAAGGUGCCCUUUGCCUGGUGCGCCCCGGAGAGCCUGAAGACACGCACCUUCUCACACGCCAGCGACACCUGGAUGUUUGGGGUGACGUUGUGGGAGAUGUUCACGUAUGGCCAGGAGCCCUGGAUCGGCCUCAAUGGCAGUCAGAUCCUGCACAAGAUUGACAAGGAAGGGGAGCGCCUGCCGCGGCCCGAGGACUGCCCCCAGGACAUCUACAAUGUCAUGGUCCAGUGCUGGGCUCACAAGCCGGAGGACAGACCCACGUUUGUGGCCCUGCGGGACUUCCUGCUGGAGGCCCAGCCCACGGACAUGCGAGCCCUGCAGGAUUUUGAGGAGCCAGACAAGCUGCACAUCCAGAUGAAUGACGUCAUCACCGUCAUCGAGGGAAGGGCCGAGAACUAUUGGUGGCGCGGCCAGAACACACGGACGCUGUGCGUGGGGCCCUUCCCUCGCAACGUGGUGACCUCCGUGGCUGGCCUGUCGGCCCAGGACAUCAGCCAGCCCCUGCAGAACAGCUUCAUCCACACGGGGCAUGGCGACAGCGACCCCCGCCACUGCUGGGGCUUCCCCGACAGGAUCGACGAGCUCUACCUGGGGAAUCCCAUGGACCCUCCCGACCUGCUGAGCGUGGAGCUGAGCGCCUCCCGGCCCACCCAGCCUCCAGGAAGGGGGAAAAAGCCAACCUACGACCCUGUGAGUGAGGAACAGGACCCACUGGCCAGCGACUUCAAGAGGCUAGGCAUGCGGAAACCUGGCCCAGCCCGGGGCUUGUGGCUGGCGAAGCCAUCGGCCCGGGUGCCGGGCACCAAGGCGAGCCGCGGGGGUGUGGGCGAGGCUCCGCUCAUCGACUUCGGCGAGGAGCCCGUGGUGCCGGCCCCGCGGCCCUGCGCGCCCUCCCUGGCACAGCUGGCCAUGGACGCCUGCUCCUUGCUGGACAAGACCCCUCCACAGAGCCCCACGCGCGCGCUGCCCCGGCCCCUGCACCCCACACCCGUGGUGGACUGGGAUGCGCGCCCCCUGCCCCCACCCCCUGCCUAUGAUGACGUGGCCCAGGACGAGGAGGACUUCGAGGUCUGCUCCAUCAACAGCACCCUGAUGGGGCCUGGCCAGGGCGAGACCAACUACGCCUUCGUGCCCGAGCAGGCGCGGCCUCCCCCUGCCCUGGAGGACAACCUUUUCCUCCCGCCACCGCAGGGGGGCAGCACGCCGGCCAGCUCCGCCCAGACCGCCCAGAUCUUCCAGGCGCUGCAGCAGGAGUGCAUGCGGCAGCUGCAGGUCCCGGCCGCCUCCCUGGCGCCCUCGCCUGGCCCUGGGGGCGAGGACAAGCCCCAGGUGCCGCCCCGGGUGCCCAUCCCGCCUCGGCCCACACGUCCACGAGCUGAGCCGUCUCCAGCCCCGGCAGGCGAGGAAGACGUGGGCCGGUGGCCCGGGCCUGCCUCCCCUCCCCGAGUGCCUCCCCGUGAGCCCCUGUCCCCUCAAGGCUCAAGGACCCCCAGCCCCCUGGCACCCCCUGGCAGCUCUCCUCUGUCCCCCCGACUCUCCAGCUCCCCUGGGAAGAUCAUGCCCACCACCCAGAGCUUCGCCUCCGACCCCAAGUACGCCACUCCGCAGGUGGUCCAGGCCCCCGGGCCCCGGGCCGGCCCCUGCAUCCUGCCCAUCAUCCACGACGGCAAGAAGGCCAGCAACACCCACUACUACCUGCUGCCCGAGCGCCCUGCCUACCUGGAGCGCUGCCGGCGUUUCCUGCAGGAGGCCCAGAGCCCCGAGGAGGAGCCCGCGCCCCUGCCCGUGCCCCUGCUGCUGCCCCCGCCCAGCACCCCCGCCCCUGCCGCCCCCACCGCCACUGUCCGGCCCAUGCCCCAGGCUGCCCUGGACCCCAAGGCCAACUUCUCCACCAAUAACAGCAACCCAGGGACCCGGCCAGCAGCCCUGAGGGCCGCUGCUCGGCUGCCACCCCGGGGCUGCCCUGCGGAUGGGCCGGAGGCCGGGCGGCCAGCUGACAAGAUCCAGAUGCUGCAGGUCAUGGUGCAUGGGGUGACCACAGAGGAGUGCCAGGCAGCCCUGCAGAGCCACGGCUGGAGCGUGCAGCGGGCUGCCCAGUAUCUGAAGGUGGAGCAGCUCUUUGGGCUGGGUCUGCGUCCCCGAGGGGAAUGCCACAAGGUGCUGGAGAUGUUCGACUGGAACCUGGAGCAGGCUGGCUGCCACCUCCUGGGCUCUUGUGGCCCUGCCCACCACAAGCGCUGAGAGUCAUCUGUGGAGCCAGAGGGCGUGUCCUGAAGGAAUCAUUUAAGCCCGUCCGUCUGUCUGUCCGUCGCCCUGAGCCGGGCCCGAGGACCUGCUGCUCCCAGCGGACAGAGCGCGGCCCCACAGCAGAGGCUGGGUGACCCCUGUGCUCGUCCCUCCCUGCCCAGCGCCGUCCCUGCACACUUCGGCUCAGCCCUCCGUGCCCCAGCCGAGAGGUGGGAAGGAGCCCUCGGGGGCCCCUCAGCGGAAGGAGCUGCCCCAGGAGGGCCAAUGCGUGGCCUGCUGCUGGCUCCGGUCCUUGAUUGGACUUGGGGCUGGCACGGGCCCCCCAGCCCUGCCCAGCAGGCUCGGACACAGGAGGCCAGGCUUGACCUGGCCCAGGGAGGAUGGGGUGACCACACAGAAGGGUGGGCUGGCCCUGGCAGCCCCCCACCCCCACCCCGAGGGCUGGGCCCUUUUCCAGGGAGUCGCUGGCAGAUGGCUGGGGUGUCGGAGAGAAUGUGACCUGUGGCCUCACGGCCGACGCACUGUGGGACUUGGCUGGUCUUGGGACCUUGUGCCUGGAAAUAGCCCGAGGCGGCUCAGGAAGCAGAGCAGAGGUGCCAGACCGUUCUCUGGCAGGGACCAGGGCCCACGGCCCCAGCGAUGGGAGGAGACCAAGGGGGCAGCUGCCCUGGAGGAGCUACUGCUCCCUCCCUGACCCCAGCUCUUCCCCCGUGCUGUUCUGUGUCGUCCCACCAGCCUGUCGCCACGGCUGCUGCCCCAGCUAUCAAUACCUGCUUCUUCCAGAGAAAUAAAGUUAGUUUCUAUUUUAUGCUA